UGUUUGUAUGUGAGUGUAUGUACAGUAUCAUACCGCUGCCUCCAUGUCGUGUCGUCUGUAAAAAUAAAUAUAAUUGCUGUGUAUUAGCAAGUGAUUUAAUAAAAAUGGCAUCCGCGACGACGUCGCGUAAUGAAAUUUCACAACAACCUGCCAAUAAACUCAUACGAGUUGGUUAUUAUGAAUUGAAUAAAACAAUUGGCAAAGGUAACUUUGCUGUUGUCAAAAUGGCAACUCAUGUUGUUACAAAAUCCAAGGUUGCAAUUAAAAUCAUAGAUAAAACAAAAUUAAGUGAAGAAAAUUUAGCUAAAAUAUUUCGUGAAGUACAUAUAAUGAAAAGACUACGACAUCCACAUAUAAUAAGACUAUAUCAAGUUAUGGAAACAGAAAAAAUGAUUUAUCUUGUUACUGAAUAUGCACCAGGUGGUGAAAUAUUUGAUUAUCUUGUUAAAAAUGGAAGAAUGUCAGAACCACUUGCUAGAAGAAUAUUUAAACAAAUUUUACUUGCUGUUAAUUAUCUUCAUCAACAAGGAGUUGUUCAUCGAGAUCUUAAGGCUGAAAAUUUACUUCUUGAUGCAAAUGAAAAUAUAAAACUUGCUGAUUUUGGAUUCAGUAAUGAAUACACACCUGGUAUGCAGCUGAAUACUUGGUGUGGUUCACCACCUUAUGCUGCACCAGAAAUAUUUGAAGGAAAACAUUACGAUGGUCCAAGCUCAGACGUAUGGAGUCUGGGUGUUGUAUUGUACGUUUUGGUAUGUGGUGCAUUACCUUUUGAUGGACCAACAAUGCAAUUAUUACGAUCAGUUGUUGUAUCAGGAAAAUUUAGAAUACCAUUUUUUAUGUCUGCAGAAUGUGAAAAAUUAAUAAGGCAUAUGCUAGUUGUUGAACCUGAAAGAAGGCUUAGUAUAACACAAAUAAUGGCACAUCCAUGGAUUAGUAUUGAUGGUGUUACUGAAACAGAAACUAUAGGAUGUCGUCCAGAAACAAUAUAUCCUCAGCCUUUAAAUCAAGUAGUUAUGGAAAAUAUGUUAAGAUUACCUGGACUAAGUGCUGAUAAAUUACUAAAGUCUGUUCAGGGAAAUGCAUUUGAUCAUGUAUCAGCAAUUUAUCAUUUACUUGCUGAUCGUUUAGAGCCGACUUUGUCUAGUUUACCAAGUAUGCAAAGUCUUCCUGGUGAUUAUAUGCCAGAUGGUGCACAUCAAUUAGAAAAAUUUGGUGAAGUUGAAACAGAUACUGAAUCUGAUAAUAAAUCUUGUCAAUAUUUACCAACUAGUACAUCAUAUCAUGCAACAAGAAGACAUACUGUUGGACCAGGUGAUACAGCACAUCAGCCAACAUCAACUUAUCAAUAUCCAUGCUCAUAUUUUCCAGAUUAUUGUUAUACACAAUUUGGAAUGUUAUCACAAAUACCAUGUAAUAAUACUGAUCAACAAAUGUUACCACAAACAAAUUUACCAUUAAAUCUUCCCCUAAUACAAAAUCAACCACCACAAAAUUUUCAAAUAAAAGAUCAACAUUUAUUAAAACCACCACAAGUUAUGGGAGCAAUUAGUAAUUUUGGUAGACGAGCAUCAGAUGGUGGUGCUAAUUUACAUGUUUAUUAUCAACAACAACAACAACAACAACAAACACAAGCACAACAACAACAACAGCAACAACAACAUGGAGGUAGUGGAAGUUCAAAUAUUGAAGAUGGUUGUUGGAGUCAACCAGGUAGCAGAGAACAUUUACAAUCAGGUGGAAGUCCAAUAAUGGGUCAAUGCUCUCAAACUUUAAGUGUUAGUGGUAGUGGUAGUGUUAGUGCUGAUAGUAAUGGUGGAAGUAGCACAAGUUCAACAAGUAGUGAUCGAAGAAGACGAACUGGUUUAACAGCAGUUAUGCAACGUCCAGUUAUAAAUCCUGAACUGGUAAUGGAAGUGGAAGCUAGGAUGAAAAGAGAAUGGGUGCCAAAAUUAUUACCUUCGCAUCUGCGAGGUACCACACUUCCUCAUUUGAGAAAAUCAUCACUUUAUCCAGCAGCAAUUGCUGGUAGCAGAGAUUCAUACAAAGAACCAAGUAUUCAUGCUGCAGCUGAACGUUAUUCACCAGUUAGAAGAGCAUCAGAAGGCUCAUGUCCACCUGGUCCAGGUAUACAAGCACUUCAACAAGAAUAUCAACAACUUCAAAGAUUAGCAUCACCAUCACAUAGUCCUGCAAGUAUUCCUGGUUCUCCUAUACAUGAAAGAGGAGUUGCUGCAAUUACUCAAGGUUUAAGUGGUCUUACAACGGCAACAGUACAAGGAAGUAUUGUUCAUGGUACACCAACACAAGCUCCAACAGCACCACUUGAUUUAAGUCCAUUGAGACAUCAUAGAUCACCAACAACAACACCAGUUAGUUAUUCACCAAGUAACAGUCCAGCAUUAGAUAUGAUACAAGAAGAACAUCCAAUUGAUAUACCAAGAGUCAAAGUACCUCCACAAAUAUCAGUGACAGAUGUACUUGGUGGACAAGUAACACUAUUAAGUUGUUCACCAUCAUCAUCAACAUCACUUGAUUCACUUGAUGAUUUAUUACCGUACUGCAAUACUUUACCAAGUUUUAUAAUAUCAGAACCUUUUGAUCCAUCAAAACCAAGUAUAACACGUGGUAUUGGUCGUAUUAAUUCAAUUGAUUCACCAAUACCAACAGAAGUUGAAGUAACAUUAUCUGAUGAAUCAAGUCGUUUAAAUUCUGAAACAAUACUUGGUAGAGUUAAACAAAUUAUUGAUGCACAUGCACCACCAAAAGGUUUUAUAUUUUCAAGACAAGAAAUUGAUGGUAAUGGAUUGAGUCUUGAGUAUCCUGGUGGUGUACAAAUUGAAUUGCGAGUUUGUGAAACAGAAGAACGUGAAAUAAAAGGUAUAAAAAUGAGAAGAAUAAGUGGUGAUCAAUUGCAAUAUAGUCAACUAUGCCAACAAUUAAUUUCAUGUAUCACCGUUUGACCCAGCGAGAUGAUGCCUAUAUCGGUGAUAAUAAUUAUAACUAUUAUUAUUAUUAAUUAUAUUAAUUAAUAUUAUAUAUAUAUAUCAUAGCAAUUUUUUAUAUAACAAAAUUGUUAUGAUAUUGUUUUAAUUGUUGCUUUUUCCACCUUUACAAACAAAAAAAUUUUUGCAUACUCUUUUUUAAAAUGAACAUUCCUUUAUAAAUAUUCCUGGUGCCUCGAAACACCUGUUUAAAUACAGUAUUGCAUUAUGCAUACUGUAUAGUACUAUUAUUAUUAUAAAUAAGUUAUCAUACGCAGAGAUGAAUUAUUGCGUAUUAUUAAAUAACGCAAUAUAUAUAUAUAUUAUUAUAAAUAUAUAAAAGAUAAACAUAAAAAAAAACAACAAAAAUUAUAUCAAUAGAGAACAGAUAGUAUUUUCUGCUGUCAAUUCUUUAACUAAGACUGUGAUUUUUAAUUAUUUAAUAUGCAUAUAUAAAUAUAAACCUAUGUUUAUAGGUACCACACUUAUUAGAUCGUACUAAUUAAGACUUGUAAUUAUUGCAUAUUAAUUAUGAAAAAAAAAAAAAAAGAAAAAAAUAACAAAAAAAAAAAAAAUAGUAAUCUUACAUAAAUAUAUAUAGGUAUAUAAGAAAAUAAAAUUUUUAAAAAAAUGACAUAUUUAUCAACGA